ACCAUCGCACGCAAGCACACGGACUGGAAUCAUUGAUGUACUUAGACCAUCACCUCUGAUGUCUUCUCUCUUUUCACGUCGCACAGCAUGUCUGUGCGCACACAAGCGUGCUGCAGACUCGACUUCCGCUCCUGUGCAAAAUCGGAGGUACUGUCAACGGACCAGCGUCACUGUCCGAGUGGAUCAACCGGCCCCGGAGUGUCCUCUCCCACCGCUGUCUCCUGCUCAACCGUGAAACCGAGGAGGCAUACCUGGCUUCGGAUUUCAACUGGCCCCGCCGAUGAUAGACUCUCAUAAACCCCUGACCGCAUCAGCGUGGUUCUCCCAUCUGUCACAAUAGCGAGGCCCACUUCGGUAGCUCCUGCUGUAGUCACAGUUCUUUCUCCCACAGCAUAUACAUCCUGCGUCGCAGACUUGCGCUCGACGACUUGUCGCCCGCUAUCAUGGUGACCCUCGCCCUCGACUCGCUCGAUCCUCUAACUCGUGCACUCCAGCCCCCGAAGGACGAAUCCCCCGCGGACCGCUGGGCACGCGAACAACGCGAAGCUCAGGCGCGUCUUAUCAGUGAGCACAUCGAUGCGCAGCUCAAAGCAGAACGGGCCGCGCUCAGGAAGAAAGGGAAGCCGAUUAAGGUGCUCCUACUUGGCCAGAGCGAAAGCGGGAAAUCCACCACAGUCAAGAACUUUCAGUUGACCUACGCGUAUUCACAAUUCAUAGAAGAGCGAUCUGCAUGGCGGGCAGUCAUCCACCUCAACUUGGUCCGCUCUGUCAACACCAUCCUCGACGUUAUCGGGCGGGAACUAUCCCGAUCCAGCUCUCAGCCACAAUCGCCCCGCUCGUCCUCUCCUACACGAUCUCCACGACCAUCCACCACACGGCCGAGCACGUCGACCACCGUUUCCGUGCCAGUGAGCAGGGGACCCUCCAGCACCCUCACCGGCGCAACACUCGUCUCUGGGGACACGCUCGUGCCAGACAUCGACCCCGACGCAGCAGACGACCUCGACGACGACGAGUCCUACUGGCCCUCGCCCUCCCCGCUCUCCGACCGCCACCGCCUGCUCCAGCUCCAGCUGGCGCCGCUCCGACAGGUGCAGCGCGACCUGGAGCGCAGCCUCGGCGCCGCGUCCACGGAGGCGCCAGAGUACGCGGGGGCCGCCGCGCCGUGGGAGCGCUACGACGCCGCGGGACGCCGUCCGCGCGAGUUCUUCGUCACCAGCCGUACUGGGUGGAAGACCGCGCUGCGGCGUGUGAAGUCCGGGUAUAACGCCGCGCGGCGGGCGUCGCUCGGCUCCCGCGAAGAGGCGAAGGCUGAUGUCGUGCAGCAGGAGAGGCGGCCUCCUUCGAGGAGAAGACCUAUGCGGCCUACGUCUCCAUUCGGCAUAUCGAGCCAGGAAGACAACGAGGACGAGCUGAACAGCGCGGAAGGCGAGGGCGAGCCGCAGGCCCAGACUGCAGCCGAAGUCAUCUCCUCGUGCGCCGAGGACAUGUCUGCACUCUGGGCCGACUCGGGCGUGCAGGCCGUCUUGACUCGGCGGAAGAUGAAGACGCGCCUGGAGGAGGGACCGGGGUUCUUCUUGAAUGACGUCGCGCGCGUGGCCGCACGGAAUUACGAGCCGUCAGACGAAGAUGUGGUCCGGGCGCGGUUGCGAACGAUGGGAGUGCAGGAGUACCGAUUCAAGUUCGACAAAGGUCUUGACGCAGACAGAGAAUGGAUACUUUACGACGUCGGCGGUGCACGAUCACUGCGACACGCAUGGUACCCAUACUUCGACGACAUCAACGCUCUCAUCUUCCUUGCUCCCAUCAGCUGCUUUGACGAGAGGCUGGCAGAAGAUCGUCGUGUGAACCGUCUCCAGGACAGCCUUCUCAUCUGGAAGGCUGUCUGCUCUUCGCCGCUGCUCGCGAAGGUGCAAUUAAUCUUGUUCCUGAACAAGUGUGAUCUUCUGGAGAAGAAGCUCCAGCGCGGCGUCCAAAUUUCGCAGUACGUCACAAGCUAUGGGAACCGGCCAAACGAGGCCAAAGCUGUAGCCAAAUGUUCGUACUUCCGGCAGCAGUUCAAGGACGUCUUCCUCAAGCAUUCACCCGAGAAGAGGACAUUCUAUUCCUACUUAACCUCAGUCGUCGUACGUUGCUUACCCUUCACUGCGAGAUCGGGCUCACCGGGACCGUACGGCAGGACACGAAAGCCACUGCCGUCACUGUAGCCACCGUACAUGAUGGAAUCCAGCGACAGUACAUGAGAGACGCCGAUAUUCUAUGAACACCCGCACGCUCAUGCGGUCCCUCCGGCGCAUCUAACUUAUCCCAAACAGAAACUAUUGUAUCGUUGCUGAUAUGCUGUUCGACUGUGCUAUGCACUAUGUGAGGGCCCGAAGAUGUUGUGAUCCUCCCUGCUGGGGAGCUGGUUCGUCAAAUCGUUAUCAG